AUGUCUCCUGCAGACUUUAAAACUUCUCAUAACAAGGCUUCAAAACGAGCACAACGACAAACUGCAAAACCUAGUUAUUACGAAGGAGAGUCGUCUGACAUUGACCAUACUCGAGACCCUGAUAUUAUAAUGCACAGCGCUAUUUUAGACGGUGAUGAUAACCAAUUUGGGAUUGAAACAUUGAGAAUUGUUGAAGACGAGAUUAUGAGAGGAACCAAGCUAGAACGUGAAGAAAACGAAAUUUCAACAGCGAAUAAUAGCUCUCCAAUCGACCAAGAGACAUUAAAAAGUCGCCGGAACAUAUUAACAAAGCUUAAUUAUUUAAAUUCGGAGUUUUCUAGGAGAAAGGACGAGAUAUUUAAAGAAAAAUUAAAACAAAUUGAUGAAGAAAUCAAGGCAGUACGAGAAGGUACACAUCCCGAAUAUGAAGAACGUUUACAACAGAUUAUCGACAAACGUGAUCAAAAAUUAGAAAGACAUUCUUUAGCAUUGAUCAGUCGACAAAAAAACAUACAAAAAGAGUAUGAAACCGAAACAACACGCAUAGACGAAUAUUAUCAAACACAACGUCAAGCCAUAAAUGAUAGAAUAAUAGCAGAAAUUGAAGAAAAAAAACGAAAACUUGCAGAAGACUAUGAAGCUUAUGAUAUACAUAAUGAUACUGCUAUGGAGGGUACAUUGCGUAGUCAUCCGCAACGAAGGUUACGUACUCGAACUACACAUGAAGUUGAAGCUAAUGAAGAUUUGGCUGAAAUGGGCUUGAACGGAUCUGCGGCCCGCAAAUCAGCAGCAACUUAUAGCAAAAAGAAAUAA